GGCGCGGAAAGUGGAAAUUUACCGUGCAUGUCUGAAGUCUGAACAGAACGGAGACGAAAAAAGAAGAACGGACGGCAUCAGUCUCGCGAUCGAGGCUAGGGAAAAAAAGUAGUGGUGGACUGGACCGCUACCACGACUACGACUAGUACUACUAGAGCAGAUCAAGCGGGGCAAGACCAGUGAGACGCGUGGGGACUUGGCAACGACAGAGAGAGAGGGAAAGAAGGGAGCAGCCACCGGCCAGCGGGACAACCCAACCAACGCGAUCUCUGGGGCAGGCAAAGGACGACGGGUCGGCGAGAGGCGGGGCCAUGAGGAUCCGGAAGCGCACCCCUGCCAGGGCAGCGUCGCCGGGACCGCCGCCUCUGCCUCCUCCUCCUCCCCUACCGCUGCAGCGUCCCACGGAGAAACCACGGGAUGAGGCGGCGGCGGAGGAGGAGGAGGAGAAGCGGGCGGUCCUCGCCGCCGGAGUCCGAGAAGGCGACGACCGGGUUCGCCCCGCCGCCGCCGCCGCUGGCUCUGGGAACAGCAGCGCAACGGACGACGUGCCGAGGCCGGAGCCGCAGGAGCAGGACGCCGCCAGGUGCAGCCGGAACGACGGGAAGCGGUGGCGCUGCAAGAAGGCGGCCGUGCCGGGGUACCUGUUCUGCGACCGCCACAUCGCGUGGUCCACACGCAAGCGCAAGCCCAGAGCCAGCACCAAGCCCAAGGUUCACGGCAGCGGCGUCCUGGAGCCCACCGCCAUCGCCCAGGAGUUCGCGGAGGACCACGGCCCCACGCAGCGCGACGCCGGGUUCCUCGGCGGCUUCUAGCCCCGCUGCCGGAACUUGGCGGGCGCAGGGCGGCGCUCUACUUACCGUGGUCUACCUUUUUCCUACUCUCCAACUGAUUGAUGAUAGUAGUUCUGCAUCCUGUGUUGCGUCGAUUUUUGCUGCCGUGCUAUGCUCGGAUCGUGUCGCAGUUCUCGUGUCCAUCUGGAGGGAAAUGCUGCGAUGCCUUUUUUUUCUUUUAGGGAGAAUCCAGGACCUGGUGCAAAAGUAGUAGCCAGUUCAACUAAAUAUAUGGGGCAUUGAUCAUUGGUUCUUGCGCCUCGUUCUUCUCGA